CGGCUUUACUCCGAGCUCAUUUUCUUCAACGAGGUACGAGGAGUAGUUGUGUACGUUAACAAGGACGUGCGAGCCGGGUUUUUAACAAAAUGAGUGAACGAUUUGAUUGUGACAACUGCAAGGAGUCCUUAUAUGGCAGGAAGUACAUUCAAGCAGAGGACAACCCUUACUGCAUCCCAUGCUACGACACACUAUUUGCAAACACUUGUGAAGAGUGCAAAGAGUUGAUUGGACACGAUGCCAGGGAGCUGUUCUAUGAAGAUCGUCACUACCAUGAGCAUUGCUUCCGAUGCUUCCGUUGUGAUCGCUCUCUGGCAGAUGAACCAUUUACUAGCCAGGAGGAGGAACUGCUCUGCAAUGACUGUUACUGCAAUGAGUUCUCUUCAAAAUGUGUUGCCUGUGAUGAAAUAGUCAUGCCAGGUACACGGAAGCUGGAAUAUGGAGGUAGCACCUGGCAUGAAACAUGUUUCAUUUGUAACAGCUGCAAACAACCAAUAGGAUCAAAGGCCUUCAUUCCUGACAAAGAUGAUUAUUAUUGUGUGCCAUGCUAUGAAAGCAAGUUUGCACCGCGCUGCACACGCUGUAAACAGGUGCUUGCUAAGGGUGGAGUGACUUAUCGGGAUGAGCCAUGGCACAAGGAAUGUUUUGUCUGCACCGGCUGUAAAGCGCAGCUUGCUGGGCAGCAUUUCACUUCUCGUGAUGAGAACCCCUACUGCCUCAAGUGUUUUGGUAACUUGUAUGCAAAGAAGUGCGAUGCCUGCAGCAAACCCAUCACAGGUUUUGGAGGAGGGAAGUAUAUUUCUUUUGAAGACCGCCAGUGGCACCAGGCCUGUUUCAUCUGCACCCGUUGCUCAGCCUCACUAGUUGGAAAAGGCUUUUUCCCAGAGAGAGAUGAGAUUCUUUGUCGUGACUGCAACAGUGAUCUAUAAGCUGCUGACACCAUUUUGUAAAGACCAAACAGUAUCUCAGUUGACUCCCUAUGAGACACAGAAGCAUGUCUCAUUGUGUGUUGAGUCCCGGGGUCAUAAGUGGACCUCCAUGAUGUUCAAAUGCUGUGAUAAUGUUCAGUUUGCUUGUUACCAAACAUUUUAAAUUUUGAUUUUUUUUGUUUGAUAGUUAUGUGGUUUUUGCCAUUGAUUAUGUACAUUGAUUAUUUCAGUUGGAUUACGUACUCUGUUACAUAAGUCUGUAUCAUAUUAUUCAAUUAUUCUCAAAACUAUUCUGCUUUUAUACCAAGGGUUUACUUUUUAUCUUCACAUUUAUUCAUUGAGUUUGUUUGUUUUUGAUUAAUCACAGAGAAACUAAAUGUUAAUGCAGAUUUAAUGGUCUUCAGUUUGAACAAAGCACUAUCUAAUAUUUAUAAAUACACUGCAAAAUAAAUAAAUAAAACGGCCUUUAGCAAUGCAAAGUAAACUACUGAAGGUGCAUUUCAAGAUAUUCAUUUAAGACAAUCAUUUAUUGUAACCAUAUGUGUGUAUUUAUAUUACAUUAUGCACACCUUUAUUCUAUGUAUUGUACUCACCCAUGUUCUUAUCCAAAUAAUAGAACUGUGUCCAAUCAAACUUAAGUCAUUCUUAUAAUUUUAUUUGUGUGUGUGUGUAUAUAUAUAUAUAUAUAU